AUGAAUUCACGCCACCGACAUUUGCCACUUGGUCUCGAAAGUACAGAGCACGUUUUGGAAGUGUACGAGGAAACGGUAGAUCGCUUACCCCGCUUGUUACAGGGUGUAGUAGAGACGGUCACGGCCUUAGUGUUAUCAGACAGAGAGCUGACAAGGCACCUUUCUUCUGAGAUGAGUGGUAUCUCGUCCAAGGCCCAACCCUCAACUACCGAGAAUGACAGUAGGUUGAGGAGUAAGCUUCACGGGAAUACGAUCACCACUACCCAGACACAGCAACUCCAGCAGCAGUCUGGGGCAGACUCACCACCCCCAUCUCCCUCUCCCUCGUCAGAGCGGGGAUCCAAAGCGUGUUGUUUUUGUUGGUGCUGUUGUUGUAGUUGUUCAUGUUUAACCGUACGAAAUGGUGAUGAAAACAAAUCUUCAAAAGAUUCAAAGUUAGAAAAUAUAAAUGAAAAGGACGACCCGCCGACAUUAGAUGAGAUAAAGUCAUGGUCAGAUUCAUUUGACAAACUAAUGACUUGUCGAGGAGGGAGAAAAUCAUUUAGAGAAUUUCUACGGUCGGAAUAUAGUGAAGAGAACAUGCUAUUCUGGCUCGCUUGUGAGGAGCUUAAGAGGCACGACAACCCAGAAGUCGUGGAAGAAAAGGCUCGAAUCAUUUAUGAAGAUUACAUUUCAAUAUUAUCACCAAAAGAGGUUAGUUUAGACUCUCGAGUGCGAGAAGUUAUUAACCGCAAUAUGGUUGAUCCGACUCCGCACACGUUUGACGAGGCCCAGUUACAGAUAUACACUUUAAUGCAUAGGGAUUCAUAUCCCAGAUUUCUCAAUUCUCAAAUAUAUAAGUCACUUCUACAGCAACAUUGAUAAAGAAGGAUGUAUUAUAUGGAAUUUUGUAAAGUCUUCUUAUUUAUCAAUUUAUUAUAUUGGGCAAUAUGAUUCAAACGAAGGAAAACACCAACUGUCGUGUGUUUUCGCAUAUGGCCCACCAAGUCAGAGGCCUCCCUUUGUGGAUACUAGGCUCAAUUGGUUCCAGCGACACAACAGUAUGGCAAGAACCAUAUUCUUCUAGGUCAGGUAUGACGUAUGGCAGCGUUAUAAUAAGAUAUAUAUUACUUACGCGCCCUGAUCUAUCUGAAAUUCCAAUGCAAAUAUCGCGCAUGAUCAUAUACUAUCAGAGUUAUCAUUCUGGAUAUAUCCAACGCAUAUGAUAGCAUGUGGAUUAUAGUGGAGCUAAGCAAGGAGGUAGAAUUUCAUUGUUAUUGUUUGUACUCUGUUGAACUGCCUAAAGGAUUAGCAGUAUGUGUCUGUUGUCAACUAGCCGUGGUGGAAUUG